GCCGAGCCGCUCAGACUCCAACAUGAGCUCCAGCAUCGUCCACCUGUCGCUCGCCGUCGUCUCGGGCGUCGCGCUCGGUGCAGCCGGCGCCCUCUCGCUCCGCAAGGAGCAGCGUCCGUCACCUGCGCAGCCGAGCUCGCCAGCGCAGCAGGGCCCUCCGUCGGUCGGCAAGGGCGUGUCAGGACCGGGUGCGGGACCGGCGCAGGUCAUCGGCGGUGGUCUGCCGGCGAGGGAGGUCAGGGACCGGGUUGUCAACGGCGGAACCAUCGGCCCCAUCUCGGACCUCCUCGUGCGCCAAGCCUACACGGCCGCCUACGACCGCCGCAACAAGAUCCCUGCCUGGACGGCCGAGCACCUAACGGCGGCGUCGCUCCAGUCGGGCGGGGGCGACCGCCAGAUGGCGCGCUUCGUCGAGGACGAGGCCGUUCCCGAGCUGUUCCGCGCCAAGCUCCUCGACUACUUCAAGAGCGGGUACGAUCGAGGGCACAUGGUCCCGGCCGCCGACGCCAAGCAGAGCCAGACGGCCAUGGCCGAGACGUUCCUCCUCAGCAACAUCGCGCCGCAGGUCGGCGAGGGCUUCAACCGCCACUACUGGGCCUACCUCGAGGCAUUCUGCCGCAACUUGACCAAGUCGUUCGACGACGUCUACGUCUUCACGGUCCCGCUCUUCCUCCCCAAGCGCGACGGCCGCGACGGCAAGUGGCGCGUGUCCUACGAGAUGAUCGCGCCUCAAGGCGGCGCGCCGACCAUCGCCGUCCCGACCCACUUUGCCAAGGUCCUCAUCUGCUCUCGCGCGCCCUCAUCGUCGUCGCCGCUCUCGCUCGUCAAGUCGGCCGCCGGGGGCGGCGCGGGCGCCAUGGGCGACGGCAAGGAGUGGGUCCAGGGCGCGUUCGUGCUCCCGAACGAGGCCAUCCCGGACGAGGCGAGGCUCGAGAGCUUUAGCGUGCCAGUCGAGUCGGUCGAGCGCUCUGCAGGCCUGAGCCUCCUCCCUCAAGAGCUCAAGAGCGCGGCCGGCGCGAGGGAGCUCUGCAGGACCAUCAAGUGCGAGGUCGUCGUGCGCCGGUUCGACGACGCACAGAAGAAGCUCGGCGGCGGCGGCAAGGGGCAGCAGCAGGGUCCGGGCCAGGGUCAGGGGCAGUGGGUCCCGCAGCCGCCGUCGCAGCCGCAGCAGCAGCGGCGGGCAUGAGCGGCGAGCGAGGGCGCAACGUAGUGCGGGAUGAGGGCGGGAAGGAGGAGGAGAAGGGCAGAGCAGGCGUGCACUUGCAGGAUUCGGCUCA